AUGGCGGGCCCUCGCUCCUCCCAACGAUCGACCGUCUCCUCCCGCUCCACCACCCCCCACGCCGCAUCUUCCGGCACAAACUCCGGCGCCAAUUUCGGCGGAUCCUCUGCUUCCGCGUCCCCAUCCUUCCUCUCCCGCGCGUUUCCCGCGUUGGCAGCGUCGCUUCUCGCGCUAACGGCUGUCGUCUUUGCGUUCACCUACUCGAGGCCGUCGCUUGGGCGAUGCGACGUACUCCAGCUGCAGCUCAUGGGACGAAAGCAGGGAGACGACCUGGGGAAGCACCUGAAAGUGCUGGAGAAGCAGAUGAAUUACAACAAGAAACUCGUGGGAGCACUACAGGCAUCUCUCGCCAAGUUGACUGCUGCUGACUCAGCAGCGGCGGCAGAGGCCGACACGUCAACGCCUGCUGACGUGGCAAUCCCUGGGAACGCCAGCACGCGCCAGCUGGUCGAGCUGGCAGCGCGACAGGUGGCGGAUGAAGUCCGGGCAUCAAUGGAGGAAACGUGUGGGAUGCAGCGCAGGUCGUGGGAUGGGGACAAGGCUAGAAGCACGUUGCUGGAUACCAGGGUAGAUCAGCAGGUGGCAGAGGGGGGGAAGGGGGGUGGUGGGGGGAGAAGGAGGAGAUUGACAGGUGGUGUUGAUACAGAUGGGGGGAGAGGAGGAGGAGAAGGAGUGGAUCAGUCAUUGUAUGGGGUGGAGGGAGGGGAGGUGGAGGGAGGGGAGGUGGAGGGAGUGGAGGUGGAGGUAGGGGAGGUGGAGGGGGGGGAAAUGGAGGAGUGGGAGGUUCCUCAGGAGGAGCUGGAAAAUGGAGGAGAGGAGGAGAGUGUGAGUGAGGGUGUCGGGGAGGACGAGAGGAGGGCGGGCGGCAGGCGGCGGCUGCUUAUGUCGCGAGACGAGUGGCCGCGGGUGACUUAUCUGUUCCGAGGCAAGAUGGCUCAUCAGAGGCACCCGGAGGAGAACGCCACAGAGGAGCGGGAUCUGAACAACAAGUUUCUCGAGUCGUUCAAGCAGCCAGGGGGGCAGCAGCCUGACUUCCUCAUCAUGAGCAUUGGGGCGCACGAGGUCAUCGGGUGGAAUCGCCGCCCGCCUCCAGAUCUGGAUGUGGCGACGUUCAAGAAAGACACAGAGGAGCUGCUGCAGCUGCUGAGAGGGAGCUACAACCGGGAGAAGGGCAUGCUGCUGUGGUGGAAGGCGCACUAUAUUUGGCCCGGUGAGUGA